AAUUAAAAUUCUUGAUAUAUUUUCAGGUAUAUACGUGAGUAGGGACAGGAUAACCGUAAAUAAUGCGUCAGUCAGAGACUGAUGGAAGGCGGAAGUUGUUGGUAUAGUCAAAGAAUACAUACUGGCUUCGUAUGCUUUGUCUUUGUUUUUGGGCCUGAGAUAUUUAAGCUGAAGGCGCUCUAGUUUAUAUAAAGUACUAUGAUGGACUCUGCAAGUUCUAUGGUUCCGCAUGUUUGUUUUUUUAUUGAUUCUUCCUUCAGCUCCACAUUAGAAGGUUUGGAGUUGUUGAUGUACAGUCAAGAAACUGAGCAGGAACAUUUUUUAGUCCAGGAGGAUUUAGAGAGGGUUUGGAAGAGUGGGGAGGAGAACUUUUCCAUCCUCCCAUGUUUAUCAGUUCGCUCCGGACUUGAUCUGUUUCUAUCAGUGAAGCAAUAUCCUCCAGGAUCUGAGAUUAUUGUAUCUUCUAUUAAUAUACCAACCGUGAUCAAAAUUCUUCAUCACCAUAACUUGAAGAUUCGAUCGUGCGACAUCGAUAUUAAGACCAUGUCUCCAUCAGUACAACAGUUCAAAUCUUUAAUAACAAAAAAAACUGUGGCAACUUUGCUUGCCCAUGUAUAUGGUAAGAGGUUUGAUAUGCAACCUUUUAUUAACAUGUGUAAAGAUCAAAAUAUUGUUGUGUUGGAAGACUGUGCUGAAACCUUCUAUGGCCUUCAAUUUAAAGGCCACCCAGAAAGUGACAUCGCAUUCUUUAGUUUUGGAACCAUCAAGAUUUCAACUGUGUUUGGAGGAGCCAUUCUCAGAGUUAAAAACAGACAACUGUAUAACACAUUAAGAGAACGUCACGCAACAUAUCCCAUACAACCAAAGUCAGAGUACGCAAUGAAAUUGGCAAAGUACUCAGUUAUUACAACAAUGAUCAACAGUCCAUUUAUUGUCAGAUGGGGUGUAAGUGCUUUCCGAGCAGUUGGAAUCAACCACAAAGAUGUCUUUGUUCCAAUGCUUAGAGGAUUUCCAUCUAAUCUUUUUAAAGGCAUCAGAAGACAACCUUGUUCAGCUUUACUAAAAAACCUAACCUUCAAAUUAGUUAAUUUUAAUGAAAAGGAAAACAAACUAGUUCAAGAAAAAGGUGACUACGUCACUAAACGUUUGUCGGAUAAUGCUGUUUGUGUCGGUACGAAUGCCUUCUUUGUAAAUUAUUGGCUUUUUCCGAUACUAGUGGAGAAACCUGAUCAAGUUUGUAAAAUACUAAACGAACUUGGAGUUGAUGCAGCAAGAGGAACCACUCAGUUGCAAGUAGUUGUCAGUGAUGGGGAAGCAACUGAUGUCACACAAGCACAGUUUUUAAUGCAACAUGUCGUGUACCUACCUGUGCAUAAGUUGGUUCCUUAUUCUGAACUUGAUAAGAUACUAGGUGCGUUAAAACAGACACUGUUUCAACUUGGCUGUACGAGGUUAAAACUUCCUUCUUGAUGGAACUCCAACCUUAACUUUUUUUUAUAUUAUCUCAAAGCUAUAACCUCCCUCAGUCAAUUUUAUAAGAUGAUAGUUGUUUGUGUGUUCAGUGAAGGAAGCACUAUAGAGCUUUCAUGUUAGUUUAAACAACUUUUAGAGCUAUUUUUUUAUUGUUACAGUAUAAGAGAUUAACUGUUUUAUAUUUAUUACACUGAGAGUUUUAUGCACUUUUAUAACCUUUUUUGCUUUCCUAGUCAAACCUUAUUUAUUUCUGCCUAAUGAAAACGGCAAAAAAUGCAAGAACAGAAAUACUUUUAUUGCAUCAACAACUGUGGGAAUUAAAUCAACGAAUAUAUUUUCAAAAGA